ACCCGGCCCAUUAGCAUGUCCAAGAAAGAGGUCUAGAACAAAAAUGAUUGUGUGUUGGUGGAUGCACCCAAAAAAGUUCAGCCGUAAUUAUUCACCACUGAAUCUCAUGGCUCAGACGUCGCCACGUAAAUAUCCAAUAAAACCACCACACGUGUCGCAAUCUGAGCACCUCUAAAACCGACCUUGCAAUCUUAAACUCUGCGCCUCUUCCCAGUUCUGAGGUUCGCGUCGCGGCGGUCCCAAAUCUCGGCUUCGCACGCACGACACAACCCCGCACGUGCCGAGUAUGCUGACUUGGUAACUAAAAGCGAUACGUGGCGGUCACAGAUACAUGGGCUAUACUUAAGCAACCAAUUGUAGACGAUGAGCUGGCAUUACACGUGUCACUCUCUCACCAUCUGUGGGCUCCUCUUUGGCAUUUUUUUUUCCCCCUCUCUCUCUCUUUCUCGAGAGAAGUUACAGUUCCUUUCUCUCUCUCUCUCUUAUUUUUUUUCUCUUCUUGGCACUUAUUUUUUGUUGGAGGAAAAAUCUUUUGGUUUUUGAAUUUUUUUUGGUUUGUUGAUGGAGUUGGAGCCUAUAUCAUCGAGUUGUUGCUCGUCGUCUUCGUCUGGGGAAGAGGAUACGGCGGCGGCGAAUAUGACGGAGAUGGAGGCGGCAGAGGCAUUGGCGGAUUUAGCGCAGCUUGCGAUAAUGCGAGAGGAGGUUUUCGAAUCUGCGGCGAGUUGGGGAAGUAAAGGGAAACGAGUGAGGAAGCGAGUUAAGACUGAGUCUCCUCCGUCUGACUCGCUUUUGAAACCACCUGACUCUGAAACGUUACCUACUCCGGAUCUAGCUGAGGAACGAUUAGUGAAAGAAGAAGAGGAAGAAGAAGUUCAACCAAUAACUAAAGCUCCGGUUAAAACUGAAAUGAAUGGUGAAACACCUAAACUAAAUCUUGCUUCUACACUUAGGUGUAGUCGAUCAAAUGGCUGUGGCCGAUCGAGGCAAAAUUUGAGUGAGGCUGAAAGAGAAGAACGUAGAAUCCGAAGAAUUUUAGCUAACAGAGAAUCUGCCAGGCAGACAAUUCGGCGCAGACAGGCAAUGUGCGAGGAGUUGAGUAAAAAAGCAGCUGAUCUGACAUAUGAGAAUGAGAAUUUGAGGAGGGAAAAGGAUUGGGCUUUGAAAGAGUUUCAGUCUUUGGAGACGAUUAACAAGCAUUUAAAGGAACAGGUAUCGAAGUCAGUGAAACCCGAUACAAAAGAACCUGAAGAAUCGACCAAACCAUCACAAGUUGAUAUGUCUACAUCAUCUACUCCGUUUUACUUCUACAACCAGAAUCCGUAUCAGCUUUUCUGCUGGCCUCAUGUUACUCAAUCAUCAAAUCCAACGAUAUCGCCACUUGAAUUCGCCACAUCGGGAGGACCUUCUGCUAAAAGUAUGACCUCACAGGAGCAUGAAAAUCCUGCAGAUGAUAAUGGGCAAAAAACUCAUUUUUACGUUGUACCUUGCCCUUGGUUUCUCCCUCCUCCUGAUCAGAGCAACAGUGUUCCCUUCGGGCUUCAAAAUACACAAAGAGGUACUUUUUCAAACGGGCACCAUAUCGAUGAUUCUUCUGCAAGACCGAUAGAGGUCACAGAAACUCCGCGGUCCCAUCUACCAACAAGAAUCAAAGAAGAAGACUCUGGUUCACCCGAAACCAGACCUUUAUAUGAUCUCAACGAAUCUGCAACUGAAGUCCUCUCAGAAGGAGGAGAUGAUUUUCCUAUAACGCAACAAGAUUAUAGUUUAAAGCAUGAAGAUGUUUCUGAGACAACUAAUGGAGUUACACUGAUGCCGCCUGGUCACCAUGUUUUGAUUUCUCUACCGGGGAAAAAGCAAGGAUCUUUGGCUGCAGCGGAAGCGAGAAAGAGACGGAAAGAACUCACAAGGCUCAAGAACCUCCAUGGCCGUCAAUGUCGGAUGCAAGUCGGAUAACUCAUAUUCUUCAUCUUACCAGUUAAAACACUAAAGGUACUUCAAGAUCCCUUUCUUUUUGUCCGGGGCAUUUUCGCAUUGUUUCGGCUUUCUUACUGAAACACCAAAACAAGAGUCAUACUCAUCCACCAAACAAAAGUUGGAUUAUUGUUAAACUUAUCCAAGAUUAGUAUUCGGGAGUUUCUGUUUUGUUUUUACAAGGUAAUAGCAAAUGUUGUACCAUUGUAAGAUUUAGGGUUAUUUGGCACAGAGUUAAAAGUGCCAUUUUGUAAGAUCAUCCGGAAUCUGUUUGCUUCUCGCUUGAAGUUCCUUCCGGUCUUGAUCAGUUCUAUAACAUAUUUCAGGGUUUGUUCCCUUUUUUGACCGCAGAAUCAAAAAGUUCUUCAAUUGAA